CAGACCACUACGUCGAUUUGCUUCUAACCUAGGAGUUCUGGGCUGAUUUCCACGCCAUGUUGUUCGUCGAGUGUGAAGGGUCGCCGUACCAAAUCGGCUACCAGCAUGGCCAAGCUGCAAAACUACAAAUCAAUCGGAGCAUUGAGUUUUAUGCAUGUCUGUUUUUGAAGAAUUGCAAGCAAAGAUGGCCACAGGUGCUAGAACACGCUUCGGUUUUUGAGCAGCGAGCUAAAGCGCAAUGGCCAAUGUUUCAUCAAGAGAUGCAAGGUAUCGCUGACGGCUCUAGACGCGAUUUAUUAGACAUUGUGGCGUUGAAUGUCCGGACUGAGAUCAAUUUUGGGUUGUUCAGCGAUGGAUGCACAGCGCUCUCAUGGCACACUAGUAAUCACGCAUGGCUGGCGCAAAACUGGGAUUGGAUGACGGAGCAGAAGCAAAAUCUCAUUGUUACCAAAAUCACUCAAGUCGAUAAGCCAGUAAUCGUCCAGGUCACCGAGGCAGGCAUCAUUGGAAAGAUCGGCUUCAAUAGCUGUGGCGUAGGCACUCUAUUCAACGCGAUAAAAGUACACGGUGUAAAUUCUACUCAAAUGCCCGCUCACUUCGGCCUGCGCAUGGCUUUAGAGAGCAAAUCCGCGGACGAAGCAGUGCGGGCCCUAGAAAGUCUCGGAAUGGCAUCGUCAGCCCACAUCCUCAUAGCCGACGCAACAACAGCUGUGGGACUGGAGUUUACCAAGAGUACGUUCGUUCGCUUGUCGCCAGACUCCACUGGAAAAAUCACUCAUACGAACCAUCUUCUUCUCGAACACCCGGGCGAAACCGAUACAGUAUGGCUAAAAGAUUCGUUGACUCGUCUUCAAACUAUGACUGAAAAUGCUACGGCUUUGGGUGAAGACUCCAGCUGGGAACAAGUGGGUCAAUUGUUUGAAGACGAACAAAAUGCACCGGGUUCAAUAUGCAGGGUUGAGACGGAGGAGACUGGGAGUGGAACGCUUUUCAACAUUGUAAUGGAUUUGAAGCAUAAGAAGGCGGCUGUAAGGAUGGGUAGGCCAACAGAGGUAGAGGAGACGAUCAAUCUGGAACUUUGAAAUAGGAAAAUAUCACAUAUCUUGCGUCGUACUGAAAAGGAGAUAUAAGCUUCAUGUUGCAUGGCCCCGCGCAUCAUGGCCUUAUGAAAGUUUGCGACGAAG